GCCCUCUUCAUUAAAAACGAAUUCCACGGGGCAAAUGGCGAUUUACAAUAUUUUACACCUCUUCAACCCAGGGAAGUGACUCAAACUAGAGAAGGUUCGUAACAAGAUAAUCAGAGCGAUUGAUUGGUUACUGUUACGGUUGCCGUCAUGAGAUCAUGCCUUCUGUGUCCAAUCACCGAGCUUCAAUCGGAAUUCAAUAGGAGCAGCAGAGUUGACAAGAUGAAAAAUUAACGCUGAGCUUCUCUCAAAAGAGCGUGAUGUCACUGUUCCGUCCCCUAAAUCGUUUGCAACUGGCAAGAGAGAGCCACGCGUGACUGGGCGGAGUCAAUCCUUUGGUUGAUGAUAAACCGUAGUUCAGGGCAAAUUGACAUCACAACCAGACUUCGAAAUGGAGCUGAAGACAAGUUCCCGCGUCUGUGCUGCCCUGUGCGUGUUGCUUCUCUCGCUCCCAGCAUCAGAUGGAUGCCCGCCCACGCCGCCCCAACCCGAUAAAACUCCACCGGUAUUGGUAGAGGGAACCUGUCCCUCCCCAAGGACUGUGUACGUGAAGAAUCCGUCGACGGGCAUAGCUGUCCAAUGGCCUGAACCGAUGGCAACUGACCCAAGUACUCCGGUCAAAGUGGCACGAGCCGAUGAAGGUCCAGCCAAUGGCCGCGAGUUCUUUAUCAAUGAUUCCCCUUACUACAUUAGUUACUCUGCUACUGAUGCAGAGGGGAACGAAAGGAACCCCAUUUGCACAUUCAAUAUCACAGUACUGCUUGAGGGUGAAAAGAUUCCACAGAAGUAAAGAGACAACCCAGCCUGUCUUCCAGCCCAGCUGUUGUUGCUUUGGUUGCUUGAAGUCGACUGUAAACUGUACCGGAUACCUUGGACAAAAAAAAUCAACAAAAUUAGACCAGUAUAUUAAUUCCAAGUGACAGACCCACAACUUCGGCUUUGCAAACAACCAUCACAAGUACGAAGACCUUUGUUUAAUUUAAUAUGAUUAAUUUUCCAAAGUUUUGCAUAAAAAAAUAGUUUUCUUGACAUUUGCAUGACAUACUCAGAUACACAGAAUCAUUAUAAUUGUGCCGAGUAAGGUCGGUCACGAUAUUGAGGUGAAUGUGCCCCUUGCAGCGUGAGUUUCACGUUGAAUAAUAGGCCUAUAGAUUGACAGUUUUUUGCACUAAUUACUUCUGUUUUCAGUUUGUAAGGAAAGAGAAGUCAUCAAGUUACUUGCCUUUCUUUUGAACACACCAGGCAAGGCAAUAAAAAUUAAAAGAUGUUUUGGAAAACACAGAAAGAAAGGAGUAGCUGUACACAAGGAUUUGUAACAAAGCGAUAUGCAAUGCACAUAUAUAUAGCAAUCUCUGUCCAAUCUGUAUUAUGCGUCGAUUGAUUGAAACUGUGUUCACAGUCAUCUGAGUCCAAAACGUGGAACCAACAGUCCUAGGAAUUUGAUUGUCUUUCGUGUUUAUAAAUAUCAAAUAAAUCCCCUGUAAUUUGCAACGUGA